AUGAAUUACCCGGGCCACGGGUCUCCGCGGAGCUCCGAGCGUAACGGCGGCCGGGGCGGCGACGGCGCCGCCUGGGAGCUGGGCUCGGAGGCGGAACCGGCGUUCGGCGGCAGCGUCUGCCGCUUCGACCACCUGCCCGCCGGGGACCCUGGCGAUGACGAGGUGCCCCUGGCCUUGCUGCGCGGGGAGCCCGGGCUGCACUUGGCGCCGGGCGCGGAGGACCACAACCAUCACCUGGCGCUGGACCCCUGUCUCAGUGACGAUAACUAUGACUUCAGCUCGGCAGAGUCGGGCUCCUCGCUGCGCUACUACAGCGAGGGCGAGAGUGGAGGCGGCGGCAGCUCCUCGUCGCUCCACCCGCCUCAGCAGCCGCCGCUGGUCCCGUCGAACUCGGGGGGCGGCGGGGCCGCUGGAGGGGGCCCCGGGGAGAGGAAGCGCACCCGGCCCGGCGGCGCGACCGCCCGGCACAGAUACGAGGUGGUGACGGAGCUGGGCCCAGAGGAGGUACGCUGGUUCUACAAGGAGGACAAGAAGACCUGGAAGCCCUUCAUCGGUUACGACUCUCUCCGCAUCGAGCUCGCCUUCCGGACGCUGCUGCAGGCCACGGGGACCCGAGCCCGGGCCCAAGACCCGGACGGCGACCAUGUGUGCGGCCCGGCCUCCCCCGCGGGUCCGGCCUCCAGCUCCAUGGAGGACGAAGACGAGGACCGCGUCUGCGGCUUCUGCCCGCGCAUUGCGGGGCACGGGCGCGAGAUGGAGGAGCUGGUGAACAUCGAGCGGGUGUGUGUGCGGGGCGGCCUCUACGAGGUGGAUGUGACCCAAGGAGAAUGCUACCCGGUGUACUGGAACCAGUCUGAUAAAAUACCAGUAAUGCGUGGACAGUGGUUUAUUGAUGGUACUUGGCAGCCACUGGAAGAAGAAGAAAGUAAUUUAAUUGAGCAAGAACACCUUAGCCGUUUUAGAGGUCAGCAGAUGCAGGAAAGUUUUGAUAUUGAAGUGUCUAAACCCAUAGAUGGAAAAGAUGUUGUCUACCACCUCCCUCCCUUCUCCCUCCCUUCUCUGUUCAAAUGGAGAGGAUAUAAGGAGAGUACAGAUGCAGCAGGUCUUAAACGAAAGCGUUCCCAAGCUAUUCAUAGUUUCAAAUUGAGUCGAAACCACGUGGACUGGCACAGUGUGGAUGAAGUAUAUCUGUAUAGUGACGCAACAACAUCUAAAAUUGCAAGAACAGUUACUCAAAAACUGGGAUUUUCUAAAGCAUCAAGUAGUGGGACCAGACUUCAUAGAGGUUAUGUAGAAGAAGCGACAUUAGAAGACAAGCCAUCUCAGACUACCCAUAUCGUAUUUGUUGUGCAUGGCAUUGGGCAGAAAAUGGACCAAGGAAGAAUUAUCAAAAAUACAGCCAUGAUGAGAGAGGCUGCAAGAAAAAUAGAAGAAAGGCAUUUUUCCAACCAUGCAACACAUGUUGAGUUUCUGCCUGUUGAGUGGCGGUCAAAACUUACUCUGGAUGGAGACACUGUUGAUUCCAUUACUCCAGACAAAGUGCGAGGUUUAAGGGAUAUGUUAAACAGCAGUGCAAUGGACAUAAUGUAUUAUACUAGCCCACUGUAUAGAGAUGAACUAGUUAAAGGCCUUCAGCAAGAGCUCAAUCGAUUAUAUUCCCUUUUCUGUUCCCGGAAUCCAAACUUUGAGGAAAAAGGGGGUAAAGUCUCAAUAGUGUCACAUUCCUUGGGAUGUGUGAUCACUUAUGACAUAAUGACUGGCUGGAAUCCAGUUCGACUCUAUGAACAGUUGCUGCAGAAGGAAGAAGAGUUGCCUGAUGAACGAUGGAUGAGCUACGAAGAACGUCAUCUUCUUGAUGAACUCUAUUUAACAAAACGACGGCUGCGAGAAAUUGAAGAACGGCUACGUGGUUUGAAAGCAUCAUCUAUGACACAAACACCUGCCUUAAAAUUUAAGGUUGAAAAUUUCUUCUGUAUGGGAUCCCCACUAGCAGUUUUUUUGGCAUUGCGUGGCAUCCGCCCAGGAAACACUGGAAGUCAAGACCAUAUUUUGCCCAGAGAGAUUUGUAACCGAUUACUAAACAUUUUUCAUCCAACAGAUCCAGUGGCUUAUAGAUUAGAACCGUUAAUACUGAAACACUACAGCAACAUCUCACCUGUGCAGAUCCACUGGUAUAAUACAUCCAAUCCUCUACCUUACGAGUAUAUGAAGCCAAGCUUUCUUCACCCAGCAAAAGAUCCUACCUCAGUUUCAGAGAAUGAAGGCAUCUCAACAAUACCAAGCCCUGUGACUUCGCCAGUCUUGUCUCGCCGACACUAUGGGGAAUCUAUAACAAAUAUAGGCAAAGCAAGCAUAUUAGGGGCUGCAAGCAUUGGAAAGGGACUUGGAGGAAUGUUGUUCUCAAGAUUUGGACGUUCAUCUGCAUCACAGCCAUCUGAGACAUCAAGGGACUCCAUAGAAGACGAGAAGAAGCCAGUUGCCUCACCGCCCAUGACCACCGUGGCAACGCAGACCCUUCCACACAGCAGUUCUGGCUUUCUUGACUCUGCAUAUUUCAGACUUCAAGAAUCGUUCUUUAACCUCCCACAACUUCUUUUUCCGGAAAAUGUAAUACAGAAUAAAGAUAAUACCCUCGUGGAACUGGAUCACAGAAUUGACUUUGAACUCAGAGAAGGCCUUGUGGAGAGCCGCUAUUGGUCAGCUGUCACGUCGCAUACUGCCUAUUGGUCAUCCUUGGAUGUUGCCCUCUUCCUGUUAACCUUCAUGUACAAACACGAGCACGAUAAUAAUGUGAAACCCAGUUUAGAUCCAGUCUGAACCCUUGAAGGACAUUAAUGGCCCAAAACUGAUUUUUUUCUUGUUAAAUAUGUGUGUCAAAAUAUGAAAGUUUCAUGUUUAAGUAUGUUUCAGUUUUGUUUAGGGCAAGAAAUAUUAGAAUUUGAAAGCACUUUAUUUUAUUUAAAAAAGCAGAACAAAUGUUCAGUUUGAAAGAAGUUAUUUAUAAUUUUCAUCAUUUUAAUUAUGAGUCUGACAGAACCCCCUGCAGAGAAUCAAGGAAGACCUGGAAAUGAGGAAGAUUUGGGUGACCUGCAAGAUUAUAAAUCACAAUCUAAUUUCUCCCAAAUAUAAAGGCUUAUUAAUGGGUUGAGCCUAAUGUAUUAACCAAAGUAUGUUAUAAAUCUAAAAUGAUCAAGGUCCAGGAUAGUCUAUGUAAAGAUCGCAAGGUGGUAUCAUUGUUUUAGAUUUCUAUGAAAACUUCCAUUUCCACAAUUUCUUUGAAACAUGAGUUUAAAAUGUUUUGAAUUUAACUUGUUUAGAAAACCUAAUGCUGAGAGAAACAUUUGAACUACUGUAUAGUUUAUUACCUCUGACUAAUUGCUUUAUGUCAAUGUAUGAAACAUUACAUUUUUUAAAAAUUUCUUUGAACAAUUUAAGAACCACAUUUAUUUUCCAUAGUGUUAAGACCCUUUUUUCUCAGAACUCCAUCUUUGUACUCUUCAGAUGAAUAUAUAGACACUGUGGCAUAAUUUCAGUAUUUUUUCCAUUAAAAACUUGUAGUUUCACACAAAUAACACUAGUUCAAUUAUUUUGAAAAAGAAAGUGAACUUUUUAUUAUGUCACAUGCACCUCAUAGAAAACUAAAGUUUUCUACUUGACACAGAAUACUCCAGAAUAGGUACAUUUAGUAAACUUUGUUGAAAAACUAGUCAACUUCUUUGGAGUAGGGAGUAUAACUAUUUUAAUUAAAUAUAUAAGCAUCCAUGUGCCAAACAAAUAACACAUACAAAGGGGAUAGAGUGCCCUAACAAAUUUUUUAAGUGUUUGGAGGAAUUGUAGUUGCAUCAUAGAUACAAUAGUUCAGGAUUCUGAGGCAUUGAAAGAGUUUCCUCAGCAGUCAUUUUUUCCACAGUGCUUUUCAUCUGAGGAGCUCAAAGUGCUUUGCGAUUUAAUAAUCUAUGUAGUAGCUCCUUGAAGUAAGUGAAUGAGUGUUAUUCUCAUGUUACAUGUUAACACACUAAGGCACCAAAAUCUAUAAAGUGCCUUGAAUUAGAUGACAAAGCAAACCAGGAGAACUCAGACUGAAGACAGGCCAUGUUCUUUUAUGUGCUGUUUGUUGGCUAACACACAUGACCUCUUAUUUUGCAAAUAAUAAUAAUAACAGAAGUUGCAAUUCAUAACUUGGAGAAAUGACUGAAACUGGUCCUUCACCCUACUGGUCAUAUACAUUCUUGGAUUCUCACAGGCAAAGGAGGAGUUACUUACAAGGGAUCAGUAACCAUUUCUGCCACAGUCAACCCUCACUUCUGAGGGGCUUCCACUGGGGUUCUACUUAAGGUGCUGCCAUUACUUAUCUUAGCUUCACAGAAAUCAUUGUCAAACUAGAAGCAAAGUUGGUCAGUUAUACAUCUCACCUUCUUUAUGAGAUAUAGAAUCUUUGGCUUACUCGUAGACUUUACUUGGUUGGCCUUUCAUUGAAUUUGCACAACAUAAAGCACUUCUUAGUGCUUAAAAAGAUCCUAGUCUCCAUGCCCAAAUAUGUGACUCACUAAGAAACUCUUGCUAUAAAAGGCUUUUGAUGCUAUCUUAGCAAAGCUGAAGCAAUGUCUUUCAAAUUUAGAGAUUCCUGUGAACAAAGGUCAUUCUCAUACCCUGUUUAUUUCAUAGCUCUGUUUAGUUUUCAGGAGAAUUAAACUUCCAUCUCAUAUGAUUGUUUCAUUAAAGGUACAUGAGUUUUUGGGUCUUAAGACAUUCAAAUGCCUCAGAGCUUAAAGGGAUUCAUUUUUAACCACUAGAAUGUUAAGAGCCCCUUUCACCUGAGGGGAGUGAAAACCUAUCAAACCUUUUAAUUUGAUAUUCAGUAAAAGGAAAAUUAUACUCCCAUAGCUAUAGGAGUACAUCAGCUUCCACUUUUUCAUGUUAGGGAAAAAAUCCAAUUUAGCCACAUGGAAGUUAUUUGAAUUCUUGAAAAGAGCAAUAUUCAAAACCACCUUUUCAAAAUGAGAUAUUCUGGAUUAUUGGACAGGUGUUUUGUUUUGAAUUCAUAAUUUCAUAAACAUGGUGAUUUUUAUUUCACAGUACUCUUCUUGUUUCCAUGUCUCUGCAUGUUAUCAUGGAAUGUACUUGUAUAUACUCAAGUAAUAUACAGAGUAUGUGUAAUUCUAGCUUGAUUUAGAAGCUAAGUCAGUUACUGGGUAACAUUUUGCAACUUUAUUCCUGCAAGUACUAAAUUGGCCAAAAAGUUCUGUUUUUGAUACCAUUAAAAUUUUAUUCUCUA